AUGCCCCUUCCGAGAACUGGGGAGACUCCUGGGGCAACGAGGGCUGGGGUUACUAUGGCUGGAACAGCUAUGGAUGGGACAACGAUGAAGCAGACUGGGAAAGCAAGAGGCCACGCCGCAGCGACACGAUGCAAUCCUUUGCCAGCGAAUGGUCGCAGACGGACAGCCCGGGGUCGUUCCAGUUCCUGA